AUGUCCUCGCAAUUAGAACACAACAAUCAUUCAACAGAAACUCAAGCAACUGCUGUGCAACACCGUGCUACCUUUGAAUUUGCAGACCCAGAAGCGUCAGCGCCUCCGCCACCUACAAGUGCUGUCACUAGGGUGGAUUCCAAAAGGAGCGGCAGGCGGUUGUCGCGUAUAAGUACCUCGGUUCCAACGAUCGAAGGUCUGCGCAGAGCCCUCACAAUCCAGAUGAUACCACCCAAACCAAUUCGCAAAGCGCCCAGCCUCCUCCACGGCGUGAAGGCUAUCAUCACGAUGUCUUGGUUGAAUGUCCUGCUCGUCUGCAUUCCUGUAUCCUGGGCUCUGCACUUCGCUCUGCCAACUACCAACUCCAAUGAUACCCUGAUUUUCAUCUUCUCCUUCCUGUCCAUUAUACCACUCGCCAAGUUACUCGCGUUUGCGACAGAUGAAAUGUCAUUACGCGUCGGACAAACACUUGCCGGUCUACUCAAUGCGACUCUCGGUAAUGCCGUUGAGUUGAUUGUGGCGAUCAUUGCACUGGUGAAGUGUGAACUACAGGUUGUUCAGUCAUCUCUCGUGGGCUCCAUUCUCAGCAAUCUGCUUCUCGUGCUUGGAAUGUGUUUCUUUGCCGGUGGCAUGCGCUUCUCUGAGCAAGGUUUCGGUCUGAGCGCCACACAGCUCAAUUCUUCACUGCUCAUAGUGUCCGUUAUUGCUGUACUUCUGCCUGCUGCAUUCCACCUAUCAGCAGGUCCCGAGAUCCCAGACCCUGAGGAGGGCCGCGACAUUCUCAGUUUCAGCCGAGGUGGCGCUAUCAUACUCCUCUUCAUCUAUGCUUGUUACCUGUGCUUCCAACUAUUCUCCCAUAAAGCGUUGUACGAUGACCGCAGUGACGACGUGAUCAAAUCGAUCAAGUACGCAAAUGGGACUCCGGGUGCAUACAUUGCGCGAAAAUGGCGCUCGCACACGCAACACAGCGCGAGCACGGAGCCACUGGCACAGACAAGUACGACCGCCACCGAUAAAGCGAAUGCCACCACUUCGACCACCACUACUGACGUGGAGGCUGCGGUUGUGGCUCCGAAAGAGGAGGAAACAGAGGAAGAGACACCGCAGAUGAGUGUCCCUCUAGCAGUUGGCCUUCUCAUUGUGGUCACUGUGAUCGUGGCUGUUACUGCCGAGUGGCUUGUGGACUCUAUCAGCGGCCUCACGGCUAGCGGUAAGAUCAGUAAGGAAUUUGUUGGUUUGAUCCUGCUGCCUAUUGUUGGGAAUGCUGCAGAGCACGUCACGGCCGUGACCGUCUCUGUCAAGGACAAGCUCACGCUCAGUUUGGGCGUUGCGGUCGGUUCCAGCAUCCAAAUUGCACUCUUUGUAAUACCGUUCUCUGUUAUUCUAGGGUGGUGGAUCGGAAAGCCGUUGACUCUUCUGUUCGACCCGUUCGAGUCGAUCGUACUGUUCCUAUCAGUCCUCGUUGUCAAUUACGUUGUGCAAGAUGGAAAGAGCAACUGGCUUGAGGGCAUGAUCCUCAUGUGUCUCUAUGUCAUCAUCGCUCUCACGUUCUGGUACUACCCAGGCGUUAACAUCUCGCAGCAAUUGGCGUCAUGCUGA